AAUAAAUAAACAACAACAGACAUUUGUAGCUUCGAAGUUUUGAAGUUCUUUUUCUGUGGAGAGAAGACGUGAGGCAGCCAUAGUCUCUGUAAGAAGGAAAAAAUACACAGAAGAUACAGGACAGGGGAAAUUGUGAUUUCUAUAUUCAAUAAAAUUGUGAUAUAGAGUAUAUAUACAAUGAAAAAGAAGAAGGAACCUCUAGGAAGAACCAAAGUAGUUAUAAGGCAUUUGCCACCUUCUCUUUCUCAAUCAAAUCUCUUCUCUCAAUUCGAUCAUCGUUUCUGCCAUCGCUACAAUUGGUUCCGCUUCCGCCCCGGCAACUCCAGCCACAAGAGUCAGAGGUAUUCUCGAGCUUAUAUUGACUUCAAGAAUCCGGAAGAUGUUUUGGAGUUUGCGGACUUCUUUCAUGGACAUGUAUUUGUUAAUGAGAAAGGUUCUCAGUUCAAGGCCAUAGUUGAGUAUGCUCCUUGUCAACGUGUUCCUAAGUCAUGCCCCCAUAAAGAUUCUCGUGAAGGGACUAUUUACACAGAUCCUGAUUAUCUGGAGUUCCUCAAACUUAUUGCCAAACCUGUGCGGAAUCCUCCUAGUGCUGAAAUUAAGUUAGAAAGAAAAGAAGCAGAGGAAUCUGAGGCUGUAAAAGGAGCUCCUAUUUCUACACCCUUGAUGGAAUUUGUUCGUAAGAAACGAGCUGAUAAGGGUGGUCAGGGUCCAGCUGUUGUUAAGAACAGGAAAAGAGCUGGAUCAGCGUCUCUUACCAAUUCUGGUUCAAGUAAUGCCAAACAAGACUCUGGCAAGAAAAGGUAUAUUCUCAAGGACGGCACCAAGAAUUCAAAUUGGAAGGGCAAGUCGAUUAUCAUCAUGGCACGGAAGCAGGAGGGCCUACCUACUACUUCAGGCGGAAAAGAAAUAUCAGAAGUUGAAUCCAUUUCUGGAGUUGAAGGUUCUGUUUCUAAAAUUUCUUUGGAUGCUGAGUCUGGAAAGAAAAAAAAAUUGCUUCUGGAUGGAAAAAGGCGUGAAAUUUCUCUUGAAUCUGAGGGGCCGUUGCAUCAGUUGGGCCUCACUUCUAAUUUUGGAAGUUCAGUUUCUACUGCUGCUAAAGAGUAUCAGAGGCAUGAAGCUGGUGAGAGGCUGAUAAAAAGUAUUCUACCUUCAAAAGCUGCCUCAGCCAAGAAGAAAUUUCAAAACCUAGAGGUGGAGAAUGACAAGCAACCAAUUCAGCCCAAAACCACGCAAGUGGGUUUGAAUGGUCAUGUCCCUUACAAGGAGCCACUGGCAUCUAUGUCUGACAAUGAUGUAAAAAGGAGUUCAUAUGAUAAGCUUGUGAAAAAGGAUCAACACGAUCCUGGCUCUCAUUUUGAGAAACGAGAAAAACAUACAAGAAAUAAGGAUAGACCAUGUCGUGGUGUUUGGACUCCUGUUCGGAACUGUCCUAGUAAACAUGCUAAUGCUGAACACUUAACAUCCUCUAUAUUGCAAUCUGAAGUGCAUUCUGAUUCUGUUCGAGCAACUCAUGGAGAAGUAAAAGAUGGCACGCGAUUUAGGGACCAUAAUCAGGGAUCAGCAGGGUCAACAAAUGGAAGCAAUAAUUCUUCUGCAGAGAAUGGUUCCCAUAGAGAUUUUGGUCGUCAAGUGACAGCCCAUAAUAUAAUGCUUGAUAGCUCCCCGAGUGCAACUGGAGGAAAAUUUUCCAAAAAAGGAGGUCAUGCUGGCUAUACUGCCCAGGAGAAACAAGUAUGGGUUCAAAAGUCUUAAGGUUUUUAAAAUCACUCAUCUGGUGUUAAAUCUGGCAAUCCAGAAUUGCCAUUUGCUUCACCUGGAACUAGCUUAAACCCUUUUCAGUAUGUUACAGCUCAUUGCAUGGUCUUAUACGCUGUAUUGGAGUACGCAGUUUCUGUAUGGUGCUGGAGUUACUUCUGUCAGAUAAUUUGAUCUCAGAUACAUGUUCAGAAGUCAUCAAAUUAAAGCCGGUGAGAAUUGUACCUGCCUAAAUGAACCAUGUGAUUUCAAUUCUUGCUGCACGCUGCGAGGUAUCUUCCAGUUCCAUGUAUUCAUCAGCUGGAGAGAUUAUGAAUUAGGCUGGAUACUGGAACCUGUCUUGUUGGUCAAGUUGAUGAAUUUUGUGGGCUGCAUUUUGUACAGCCUUUGGUUUCUCUGUUAUUCAAGCAGCUAUGCAAGGUUCAGUGCUUGUUUUCUUCUGCUGCAACCGCAAAUAUGCUACUAAAUGCGACAGAGUGCUAGUUGUUUGCUGUGCGAAGAUAUGUUAUACUUAUGAAGGCAGCUGCAUUUAAAGCUGGUGCAGCUGAAUCGGGCUCUGGGAUGCCAGAAAGAAUGUUGCAUGUCGGAUGUGUAUGCUGAUUUCAACGUGCUGAACAGGAUUGAGCAUUUAGAGAAGCAAAAUUGUUUCCGUGAUUGUCCUUUACAAUUAUACACACAUAAAUUAAGGUUUGUAUAGAAAUGCUUUUCUCACUGUGAGUGGUGAAUGGUAUGAAAGAAACA